GAUAAAUUAUGUCCUCGCUGUCUGAAGAGUCUCUUCAAGAAAGCACCAAACAGGAUAAGGUAGUCCUUAGUCCUGGUUGGUUCGCUCUUUCAAAAGCACCUCAAGAAGCGAAGGGAGUCGAAGAGAAGUUGAAGGGAACAGAACACCCCUCCAGCAGUUUAGGAGUGGCACAUUUGUCUUCCACUAAAACAAGUCUCCCCUGUAGACAUCGCUAUUCAAAGGCAGAGUUAGAAGUAUAUUCUGCGAGGGCGAAACUUCCUAUAAAUUGUAUUGAGUCGUCCUUGGAGGUUUUAGGGAACCUUAGGAGGUUGGAGAAGUCUCCGUUUGUCAAACCUAAGAAUGGUCCUUCUUUUGAUUCCAGUCCCAUUUUUUCAAACAGCUGGCAACGAGGAAGCUUUCUCAGUGCUGGAGACGGUAGAGAGCCUUCACCAAACUUCAGGCAUUUCCCAAGGAAGGAAGAUUUAUCAAGGAAGAAACAGCAUAAGCAAAGCGAAGUUUCACGAACUCACGACACAAAGUCAAGAUAUAACAGAAAUCAGAAACCUUAUUCGGGUUCAAAGAGACUUCUUUCGGAAGUAUGGUACUAUAGAGAUCCUCAGAAUGACAUUCAAGGCCCGUUUUCUCUGAUACAGUUGAAACAAUGGUUGGAAGCAGGUUACUAUGACGGAACUUUGCCGAUUUGUGAAAGUGGAAGUGACUCGUUUCAGUCGCUUGAAUCAGUUUUGAAGGCAGUAAAAAUUCACGAUACUCCACCUGGAAUUGGUAAAAAGAGAGACGAUGCUGUUGAAAAAGAUAAUGCGGUAUCGUCAGGUGAAACUAGACCACAAGUGGGAAAAUUUGACUCGAUGACAAAUGAAUGUCAGCAGUCUACAAAAGAAAAAGAUGAAGUUUCAAACAACUCUUCUAUGAUGUCACAGAACGAGCCACAGAAAGAAGAUCAAGCCGUUUUAUGUGGCUUAUCAUCAUCCAAAACGAAAGAAGGACUAACUAGUCUUGAUAACUCAAACUUACAAAAACUCUCGAAUGAAAAGGAUAGUACAGAUCUACAUUCUCAGGUCGAAAGAGUGCAACAAGAGCAGUCACAUGAGUUAGAAGAUCAGACUUGUCACUUGAUUUUUGGAAAUGAUAUAUCAGCAUCUGUUGAAAGCGAAACCAGAAAUGGUCAAGAGAAUUUCCCUCUAGAGAGAGACAUCGCAGAACUCGAAAGGGAUCUUGUGUCUAACCUGGAUCUGGAUUCUGGAGCUUAUUCAUUUGAUACGAAUUUUGCCAGUUUUCCAGAGAGCUCUCUUACUGUUGGACAGUGGCAGUACAGUAGUCGCGGUUCUAAAGACAAUGAAGAAAUGAACAGGAGCCAGAAGCGUCCAAUGAAUCCUGCCGAGUAUCUUAUGUCUAUUGAUCCAGCCAUUGCGAAGGCAUCCGUCAGCAGUAAAAGUACAAGUCCAGAUAAGAACUUACAAAAUUCUAACGUUGUCGCUUCAAAUAUGUUGGCACUGGAACAAAAUGAACUGUUCAACACACAGAGUUUGAAUGAAACUAGCAGAACCUGUUUGGCGCAGAAUGUACUGGAGUCGAAUGCUAGCGUAAAAGACUCUACACAGACAAACUGUCAAACAGUCCUUUCGAACAAAUAUAAUGAAGCUAUCACGGCUUUCAACGAAGAACGCAACAACUUUCAAGAAGCUAAGAAAGUGAACGGGAAAAAGAAACGGUCUCAUAUUAAGCACAGUUCAAAUUUUGUGGAAACUUCACAGCAGCAAACAGCAGGUGAUAGCGAAAAGGUCGCAAGCUCUAGGAGAGAAAGUGGUCGUAAAGGAAAGGGUGAAGGUGAACAUCAGAUUCAUGCUAUUUCUCACUCACAGGGACAACGUUUGUCAGAUUCGUUGAACCCAAAGAUGGAAGUCUUUGAUAAUUUUUUCAAAGCGUUCUCUGAUUCGUCAAAGCCUGCGUGGAAUACUUGGUCUGCAUCUGCUUCCAACUUGCGUUACCCGCUUUCAUUAAGGGAAGUCCAGCUUGAAGAAGAAAGAAGGCAAAAGGAAGAAGCCUUGAAAGUAAACAAAGAAAGAAAAACGGAUGGAUUGGAGACGAAAAGAUUUAGUCCUUGGGGUAGACAACCUGUAGAGAAUGCUCCUUUUGUAGAGAUUCAACGACGUGAAAUGGAACAACAAGCUUCACGUAUGAAGAGUAACGCACACUUUGAAGAGAACAGAGUCAAGGGACGAACUGGAAUGAGUUGGUCAGAUAAGCUAACAGGAAGCUUAUCGACUCGUGUUUCACCUCGGCAAUCUAGUUUAUCGUCUGUAGAGAAAUGGAAGGACACAAAGUCAGCCAACUGUCCCCAAAGUGUUGGAUUUUGGGACUCUGUAGAUCAAUCAUUGGAAUCAAGUGAGUCGAAUGUCAAGAGCGUGACGCCUAAUAUAUCUACAAAGAGUUCUGUUGACAAGUAUGAAUCAUUUAAUACAUUUAGAAAUGGAUCUUUUGGUGCAAAUAUUCCGGAAGAUCUGAAAAAGUGGUGUGAGGAGCAGUUUUCUGAGCUGGUUAGUUCUCAAGAUGUGACAUUGGCAGAGUUUUUGGCUUCUUUGAAUACUAGAGAAGAAAUUCGGGAAUAUGCGAUUAUUUAUUUGGGGAAUUCGAAGAAAACAGAGGACUUUGUGGAGGAAUUUGUAAGAAGACUUCAAUUCGAGUUCGAGUCUCAAAAGGUUACACCAGGGUCCUCAGGUUCACAAGCUUUUAAGUCCGGUCGCAGAAGGAAAAAGUCAUGAAUAUAGUAAAGUGCCAAGAAGACAGACCACGAUAUCGUCCAUUGUAGCUUUCUCUGUUUGUUUCAUUUGUGAAACAGGUUUCGACUGAUGCUCUUGCUACUUUACGAACAUCGACAUUUCUGAUUUUUUUCAAACAUUAUAUAUAAAUGAUGUUAGACGAAUGCCACAAAUGCAGUAAAAAAAUAUGUCAGCUU